GAGCGAUUCGAAAUUCUGGGAGCAGCAAUGGCGGCGAGAGCGGCGGCGGGAGGGAUGAUGCUGCCGCGAGCAGUGACAUUCGUGACGGGAAACGCCAAGAAGCUAGAAGAGGUCAAAGCAAUUCUGGGAAAUUCCAUCCCUCUCAAGUCUCUCAAACUCGAUCUGCCUGAAUUGCAAGGUGAGCCUGAGGAGAUCUCCAAAGAGAAGGCUCGUUUGGCAGCUAUUCAGGUAAACGGACCGGUAAUAGUGGAGGAUACAUGUCUCUGUUUCAAUGCUCUGAAGGGUCUUCCUGGGCCAUAUAUCAAGUGGUUUCUGCAGAAGCUUGGCCAUGAAGGUCUGAACAACUUACUGAUGGCAUACGAAGACAAAUCAGCUUAUGCUUUGUGUGUGUUCUCCUUCUCACUUGGGCCAGGUGCUGAACCUCUUACAUUUUCGGGGAAAACUCCGGGUAAAAUAGUUCCUGCAAGAGGGCCAACUGACUUCGGGUGGGAUCCAAUCUUUCAACCUGAUGGAUAUGACCAAACUUACGCGGAAAUGCCAAAGGAAGAAAAGAACAAGAUAUCACAUCGUUACAGGGCUCUAGCAUCGUUGAAAUCUCACUUUGCUGAGGCUGGAUAUGUUUUUUCAGACACAAUGUAAGAGGCCAUGAUCUGUCUGUUUUUUUUUUAAACAUUAACAGAUAGUCCCUAAACUAUUUCAAAAUUCAAAGGCUAUUGCUUCUGUUAAUCUCUUCAGUUCAA